UCUUUUCUUGUGAGAAGGCCACAACGCAUCGCUUUUAAACAAAACGCCUUCAUGUCAAUAUUCCACCCUGCAGUUUGGAUAUCUGCUUAUGGAUGUGGAGUUCUCAUGACUGUUAUGUAUUGGGUCACUUUCAAGCUAAGUCCCCGUCGUUAUUCAAUGGACUGGUCUGAAAGUUUUGUCACAAUCUAUGGACACCUUUUGAUGACGACGUCUCACAGUCGAGGGGGUGAACUCAGCACACGUUAUAUUCUCCUCGGCUGGUCGGCAUUUGCUCUUCUCAUAACGGCGUCCUUUCUCCUCCGGCAUAGUCUCCAGGCUGACUCUGCCUCUCUACACCCCUCGGGUGGACACACUCCAGCAGCUGGUGUUGCAGAACUACUACUGGACCGUCCACUACUAUGUGCGCUUUAAUAAAA